AUGGAUCAGUUUGAUCGCGUGAGUCAAGGUGAGUUGAAGGCUCUUGAGGUUGGUGUACUUGGCCGGAUUCCGACGGCGCCACCUUUUCCGCCUUUGUCAAAUUCGCGCUAUUGUACCCGGCGGGAUAAGCAGCAGGUACGUAAUAGAAUGGAAGAGUUAGAAAUUCCUGCUAGGGUCAAAGAUGAAGAAGAAAAAGGCCAUGGUUUUGGUCGACAAUUCCAUUCACCUCCGGGGUUUGAAAGGAAAAAAGAUUCCUCGGUAUCCAACCGCCUGAAAUUGGCUCCACCUCGUCAGAAUGGAGAUUCAUCACUUGUAACCCCAAUGCCCCACCCCAACCUGGAAGGCGAAGAAGGGCUCCAUCGCAAAUCAGCACAACCAAAAAGAACUUCUCAUAGAGAUGAAAUGUUUGUCAAUGACUUGCUUGCUCUUCAUCAGCCAGCUAAUAAGAAGUCCCCAAUUUGUAAAAAAACCCCAGUUGGACAUGGCUCUAGUCAACGAUCUUAUACAUCGCCAGGAUUUGAGAGGAAGAAUGAUUAUCAGGCAGCCAACUCCAUGCACCGUGGAAAUGGAAUUCAGUCUCCACAGCAAGGGGCUCCUCUGUUUGCAAACGUAGCGAUCAUCCCUGACCCUGUAUUCGAAGGCCACGAAGAGUUCCAAAUCCGCCAUCACCCAUCAACACAACCAAAAUCCUCCACUGAUUAUGCCUCCACCUGGCAGCCUAGCUCAGCCAUUUUUGGAUACCCUUCUUCCAGGACUGCUUAUAAUGGCAAUUAUCAAUACCCGCAGCUUCCUCAUGAGAUCUAUUCACAGGCGAAGCAGAGCAAUUAUCUAUAUCCGUUGUUUCCUCAUGAGUUAUACUCUCAGAAACAGACUCAUGAGGCAACCAUUGGGAAUAAUGGAAUGUCCACCAGAUCGUCUCUACCGGGUAGCAGGAAUCCUAAUUGUUCUUCUGCGGAAUCUCCAUCCUUUGAUUCUGUUAUACAAGUCUCGAAAAGUCCUGGAAAGCUAACACAAGAAAUAAAUGGAUAUACAGAUCAGCCCAAGGAUGUCUUACUAUCUUUUCAGCGACUCAAGAAUUGCAUUGGUGGUCUGCCGGAAGAUAUACGUCAACUGGUGUCACCGCUGGUUUCUGAGUGUCAUGACAAACUGGUGAGCCACGUUCUCCGGACUGCUAGUUUGGAGAUUGAAGUUGGUAAGAAUAAUGCAAAAGAGAAUGAACCCAAAUUUGUUUCUAGCAAGAAAGCCACUCAGUUAACCGAACAACAACCAGUAAUGGAGGAAUCAUCAGGGAGUGACGAGAUCGAUGUAAAUGAAGCUGCUAAUCUGCUAAGUGAAAAAUCAUCGGUGGAGAAGAAGAAGUGGAUUGAAGAAGCUGAUCUGCAGAGUGGAGAAGAAGCAUCGGUGACAGAGGAGUCUAGCCUUGUGUUAAGCUUCCUGCUGGAAGAGGACCAAUUGAUUUCUGACGAUACCGCCGGUAAAGGAUCCGAUGAAGAAUCUGAAUCAUGGACUGGAAGUUCCAAGGGUGAAGAUGAUGACUGGGUUUCCCAAACUUGGGAUGAAGGGGAAGUCUCCACUCAUGAAGACCAUGCUCAGCUGGUGGUAGAUUGGGUUUGCAUUUGAUAAUUGAAAAUCCCGGCUUCUUUUUUUUUUAACAAGUUUAAUUUAUUUUCAGUGUUUCCUUCUUUUUUUUUUCUCUAAUUCAAGUUUUUUUUUUCUAACAACCAAUUCAAGUUAAAGUCAC